GGACAUCACAACAAAGCAAAAAGUACUAUAUAUAAUUAAAUAAAGUGAGAAAGAGAGAAGCCUUAUUAAGGGGUAACAUAUACAUAUAUAUAUAUAUAUAUAUAUAUAUUCUCUUCUUUAAUUAUAUAUAUUGUACUGGAGCUGUGUCCCAAGGUGAAGAUGAUGAAGAUGAAGAUGGUGAUGCUAUGGUUGUUGUUCAUCGUGUCCUCAAUAAGUAGUGGAAGUAGUACACGUGGCCUCCCACGAUUGGAGCAGGCAGCCAAAGAAGAUGGCUCUCUCAGCAUCUUGGUUCUAGGAGAUUGGGGUAGACGAGGUCACUACAACCAAUCCCAAGUCGCAUAUCAGAUGGGAAUAAUUGGAGAGAAACUGGAUAUAGAUUUUGUGAUAUCAACGGGUGAUAACUUUUAUGAAAGUGGUCUGAAAGGUGUGGAUGAUCCUGCUUUUCAAGAAUCAUUUACCAAUAUCUAUACAGCUCCAAGUUUACAAAAACCUUGGUACACUGUUUUAGGGAAUCAUGACUACAGGGGUGAUGUGGAGGCACAACUUAGUCCUGUCCUUAGAAAAUUGGACAGCAAAUGGAUUUGUAUGAGAUCUUUUAUUGUUGACACAGAAAUUGCUGAGUUCUUCUUUGUAGAUACUACUCCUUUUGUUGACAAAUAUUUCUUAGAGCCAAAGGACGAUGUCUAUGAUUGGGAUGCCAUUCUACCCAGAAAACAUUACCUUUCUAAUCUCUUGAAGGAUGUGGAUUCAGCACUAAAAGAGUCAAGUGCAAAAUGGAAGAUUGUAGUGGGUCAUCAUACCAUUAAAAGUGCUUCAUCACAUGGCAACACUCACGAAAUUGAAAACCAACUUCUCCCAAUUCUCCUGGAAAACAAUGUGGAUGUUUACAUGAACGGGCAUGACCAUUGCUUACAACAUAUUACUAGCAUGGAGAGUCCAAUACAAUUUUUAACGAGUGGAGGAGGGUCAAAGGCAUGGAGAGGAGAAAUAAGUUGGUGGAAUCCAAAUGAGAUGAAGUUUUAUUACGAUGGACAAGGCUUCAUGUCUGCACAUUUCACUUCAACCCAUGCACACUUUCAAUUUUAUGAUAUUUUUGGCAAUGUUUUGCAUAAAUCCACCACUUACAAACCACUAUUUUACUCUGCUACAGCUACCACCAUCUGAUCAUAUCUCAUCAUCAUCAACCUUAAUUAUUAUUCUAAGUUGUAUUUAUAACUCUUGUUAUUACUAUUAUAAUGCCUAAAUUAUAUUAUAUAAAGGCAUAAAUUAAUUAAUU